GGGGGUCAAUAGGGUGGGCCUGAGAUGUUAUUUUAUUUUUUAAAAGUAAACCUAACUAAAAAAUGAUCUAAAAUACACCUGUAUAACAGUACACUGGUAUACUCCAUCUCUUUAGAUCAUUUUAAAUCAGUUUCAGUUUUAUUUGCUGCUCUUUUCUGUGUUACGAGUGUGGUGUGCGUAUUGUUAUUUCUCUCUCUGGUCACACGGUGGCGGUAGCGAUUUAUUAUAGUUAUAAGCGCAUUCCGCACACACGAGUUUGCACACACUACUGCUCCCUCGCGUCCUGGGGGUGAAACGACACUGAGAAGAAAGAAGAGCGGCUCUUUCCAGUUUAUUCCCGUCUCCAGCGGUGCCUUUUUUUUAAAGGGAUAAAUAACCUGACGGGAAAAAAAUCUCUUUGAUGAUCAAAUUUGACCAAAUAUGAUAAUCAAAAAUACAAAUCCCGGAAAUCUGUGCUUCAUCCUGACACGCCGGCCUGUGAUGAGUGCAGAUUCCUGACUGACCAUGUGCGCUGUUAGGUAACAUAACGGCGCACAGAGGAGCCACUGCUGAGCCUCUGCCCCUCCCAAAGACAAACAGGAUCUGAACUUUGGGGUCAUGGACUCCCUUUCCAUAGCGAGAAGAGACAAUUCUUGAGUGUUAUUAGCGGAAGCGGUUAAUAAUAGCUGACAAGAAAGCCAAAUUGUUCUCUUGGUGGAGCCUUGUUCUUACAUAUGAAGCCAGAACAGAGAGGCACCGCAUCAUCCUCUGAUCAACAAUGAUUCCCAUCACCGAGUUGCGGUACUUUGUGGAUACUCAGCCUGCGUACCGCAUUUUGAAGCCAUGGUGGGAUGUAUUCACAGACUAUCUGUCUGUCGUGAUGCUGAUGAUCGCAGUGUUUGGAGGAACCUUGCAAGUCACCCAGGACAAGAUGAUCUGCCUGCCUUGCAAAUGGGUAGUAAACGAAACCUGUCGAAAGUAUUUUGAGGCUGCUUUUGAACCACAGGGAAUCCGAUACGACCUUGACAGACACCAGUACAACUACGUCGAUGCUGUGUGCUAUGAAAACAAGCUUCACUGGUUUGCUAAGUAUUUUCCAUAUUUGGUGCUGCUGCACACACUGAUCUUCCUGGCUUGCAGCAACUUUUGGUUCAAGUUCCCUUGGACUAGUUCCAAACUGGAACAUUUUGUCUCCAUUCUUUUGAAGUGUUUUGAUUCUCCAUGGACCACACGAGCAUUGUCUGAGACAGUGGUUGAGGAAAGUGAUCCUAAAGCUCUAGGGAAAAUGAACGGCUCAAUUGACAAAAAGGCAUCAUGUGUGAGUGAAGAUGUGGAGGCCAGUGUUUCCAUGCUGUCCACCACCAAGUUUCGAUUUGACCAGGGGAUUGUCGACCACUCUGAAAACGGCGUCCUGGACAAAAAAGAGGGUGAACAGGCAAAGGCAUUAUUUGAAAAGGUUAAGAAAUUUAGGCUUCAUGUUGAGGAAGGAGACAUCGUCUACAGGCUUUACAUCCGACAAACAAUUAUCAAAGUUGUUAAAUUCAUCCUUAUCAUCUGUUACACUGGUUACUACGUCCACAAUAUUCAAUUCAGUGUUGAUUGUAGUGUAGACAUUGAAAAUCUUACUGGUUAUCAGAUGUUUAAUUGCGCCCAUCCACUUGCCACACUUUUCAAAAUCCUGGCAUGCUUCUACAUAAGCCUUGUUGUUGUGUAUGGGAUGAUCUGCAUGUACACACUCAGCUGGAUGCUCCGGCGUUCCCUCAAGAAAUACUCCUUUGAGUCUAUCAGAGAAGAGAGCAGCUACAGUGACAUUCCAGAUGUGAAGAAUGACUUUGCCUUCAUGUUACACAUGAUUGACCAGUAUGAUCCCCUCUACUCAAAGCGCUUUGCUGUCUUCCUCUCAGAAGUCAGCGAAAACAAACUUCGCCAGCUUAACCUCAACAACGAGUGGACACUGGACAAGCUUCGACAAAGAAUCACGAAGAACUCUCAAGAGAAGUUAGAGCUGCAUCUGUUUAUGCUUAGUGGAAUUCCGGAUACAGUCUUCGACUUGCUGGAGCUGGAGGUUCUUAAGUUGGAGCUUAUCCCUGAUAUCACCAUCCCACCUAUUAUCGCCCAGCUCAUAAACCUGAGCGAGAUGUGGUUGUAUCACACUCCGGCUAAAAUAGAAGCACCAGCACUUGCGUUUUUGAGAGAAAAUCUGAAAUCCUUGCACAUAAAGUUCACUGACAUCAAGGAAAUACCUCUUUGGAUCUACAGUUUGAAGAACCUGACCGAGCUGCAGCUUACAGGGAAUCUCAGUGCUGAGAACAAUCGCUACAUUGUGAUUGAUGGACUGCGAGAACUAAAAGGCCUCAAGGUUCUUAGACUGAAGAGCAACCUGACUAAACUGCCACAGGUCGUCACUGACGUUGGAAUGCACCUGCAAAAGCUCUCCAUCAACAACGAGGGCACCAAACUGAUGGUUCUUAAUAGCCUGAAGAAGAUGGUGAAUCUGACGGAGCUGGAGCUCAUUCGCUGCGACUUGGAGCGCAUCCCCCAUUCCAUCUUCAGCCUCCACAACCUGCAGGAAAUCGAUCUGAAGGACAACAACCUGAAGACCAUCGAGGAAAUCAUCAGCUUUCAGCAUCUUUAUCGACUCGUGUGCCUGAAACUGUGGUACAACAAGAUCGCCUACAUCCCUAUCCAGAUAGGCACUUUGACCAACCUUGAGCGUCUCUACCUGAACCGGAACAAGAUUGAGAAAAUCCCAAGUCAGCUGUUUUUCUGUCGCAAGCUGAGGUAUCUUGAUUUAAGUUACAACAAUCUAUCGAACAUCCCAGCUGACAUCGGAAGUCUUCAAAAUCUGCAGUAUUUUGCUGUAACUGCCAACAGGAUUGAGAAGCUUCCUCCUGAGCUGUUCCAGUGUAAGAAGCUGCGCACACUGAACCUGGGGAAUAACUACCUACAGUCUUUGCCAUCUCGUUUUGGUGAGCUGGUCAACCUGACGCAGCUGGAGCUCAGAGGGAACGGGCUUGAGUGUCUGCCUGUGGAGCUGGGAGAGUGUAAACUGCUGAAGCGCAGCUGCCUGAUUGUCGAGGAGGCUAUUUUCAAUACCCUUCCCACUGAGGUCAAAGAGCAGCUCUGGAGGGCAGAAAAAGAGGCAGCGUGAGAGCAGUACACGUAUGAAACACACAGCUGUAUUUGAAUCCAGAGCUGUAUGGAGAAAAAGAGCACAUAGCGUCAUAGAGCAGGGUUUCACCAUUCAGGACAAGAUCUAAAGCAACCGUUCUUAAUAACCAGUGGUGGAAAGAGUACAAAACACACUGACUUCAGUAAAAGUACUGGCACUCUAGUAAUAAGUCACUUGAGUAAAAGUAGUCAUCAAGAAAGUUGCUCAAAAAUGUUUUCUUUUCUAUUAUGUUAACUAACCAAGUGAACGAUGCUGAAGUGAACACACUUCGUUUAUUAAUAGUGUGUAAAGAAAGGUAAUGUUAGCAGCUAAAUGCUGAGCUGGCUAGGUUCAUUACCUGGCUAGUUAAUGUUAAAGAUACCCCUUACAAACUUUCCUGAG